CGCCCGCCAAUCGUGGUCGAGGCGGUUGCCGCGGCCUGGGCGGAUCCUUGCAGAAGGCUGCGGGCUAGCUCUGGACUCGGUCUUCGCAGGCAGAAUGAAGAUAAUGUAUUUUAUAACCUGAUGCAAACUAAAGCUUCGCACACCCUAGGAGAAGGAAGUGUUGCUGUUUCCUCACUGAGCCGGGGAUGCCUCUCUUUGGGAACAUAUUCAGCCCAAAGAAGACCCCUCCUCGGAAGUCGGCCUCUCUCUCCAACCUACAUUCUUUAGAUCGGUCAACGCGGGAACUGGAACUGGGCCUUGACUAUGGAACGCCCACCAUGAACCUGGCGGGGCAGAGCCUGAAGUUUGAGAAUGGCCAGUGGGUGGCAGACUCGGUGAUUAGUGGGGGUGUGGACCGGAGGGAAACUCAGCGCCUGCGCAAACGAAACCAACAGUUGGAAGAAGAAAACAAUCUCCUGCGGCUGAAAGUGGACAUUCUGCUGGACAUGCUUUCAGAAACCACUGCGGAGUCCCACUUAAAGGACAAGGAACUGGAUGAACUGAAGAUUACCAACCGCAGGAGGAAGUGACGAGCGAGCUCUCCAGGAGACUAGAACGAGCCCACAGACUGGGAGGAGGGUGUGGCAGAGCCCUUUGAUUUUUUUUUUUUU